AGAGACUUGUUAUACAAGUCAAGAGAGCCUCCGCUUAGAGACAUCAAUCUCACAAUGGGAAACAUGGGCCUAAUAAUCGUGGGGUACUUAGCAGUUGUUCUGCUAUGUUUUGCUUGCGAGGGAAAUGCAGAGAAGGUGAAAGCAUUAUUUGUGUUUGGAGACUCGUAUGCUGAUACAGGGAACCAUGAUCCCUACAACGCAACUGAUAAUGCACCUUGGAGAAGGCUAUAUGGAUUCAACUGGCCUGUUUAUCCUGCAGGGAGAUACUCCUCUGGGAAAGUGCAAACAGAUCGUUGGGGGUAUUUUUAGAAGUUUUGAAACCUAGUGCAUGAAUUGAAAGCCGUUGCAGGGAUGGCUAAUCUAAACAAUGAAAGUUCUGCUCAAAAUGAUGUAUUUGUUGUUCUUGUUGGACUGCAAUUUGAGUAGAUGUAUUUAGCCAUUGUUAUUGUUGCGUGAUCAUUUGAAAAUGUUGAAGUUGUUCAUGUACAGUCUAUAAUGUAAAUUUUGGCUGUUUGUAACCUCUUAUAUGACUGCAAUAGUUGUCUUUGUUGAACUGUUACCUCUCUUUCUCUUGUAUGGCUGCUUUAAUUGUCUUUGUUGAACUGUUACAUGUAUUUCUGUAAUUAGUGCUAAGUAGUCAUUUUUAUUUUUCUUUGACAGUCCUUGUACUACCAUCUUUAAUUGCAAUUUUUUAUUUGCAUUUGAUUGAGCAAAAACAAAUAAAUGGCCAAGUUAAUGAAGAACGUGAAUGUUGUAAGACUGGCUACUUAAUGUUGUACUGGCCAACUCAAUGCAAAAAGCAUGGCAAUAAACAGUUCACAGUGACUGAUACGAUUUGCCAAGUAGCCCUGGAUGCAACCCAUUCUGAAGAGACCUCUUAUAUAAGUCAAGAGAGCCUCUGCUUGGAGACAUCAAUCUCGCAAUGGGAAACAUGGGCCUAAAAAUCGUUGCGUCCUUAGCAGUUCUUCUGCUAUGUUUUACUUGUGAAGGAAAUGCAGAGAAGGCGAAAGCAUUGUUUGUGUUUGGAGACUCGUAUGCUGAUACAGGGAACCAUGAUCCCUACAACGCAACUGAUAAUGAACCUUGGAGAAGGCCAUAUGGAUUCAACUGGCCUGGUUACCCUGCAGGGAGAUACUCCUCUGGGAAAGUGCAAACUGAUCGUUGGGGUGAGAUCUUAGGACUACCCACUCCAAUAGCUUACGAGAUGUUGAGAACUCGCCAGUGUGAAGAGAUCCCAAAGAAUAUUGUUCAAGGGGUAAACUUUGCCUUCGGAGGGAGUGGAAUAUUGGAAGACCAUGGCUACAUAACUAUUUCUGAUCAGGUGAAGCAGUUCAAGAAGCUCAUGAGUGAAACAGGUGUACUUGGUUCAGAGGAAUUGGGUCGAUCAGUAGUGCUUAUCUCCAAUGCAGGCAACGACUACCUCUCUUAUAUAGAUAGCAAUGGAAUAAAUAUUAUGGGACUGGUGAGUUUGGUGUCAACUGUUGUAAGCGGCAUGGUGGAUGUUGUCAAGCAGUUAUAUGAAUGUGGAUUUAGAAAUUUUGUGGUGAGUAAUGUGGCAGCUUUGGGAUGCAUGCCAGAAGUUAACAGAAUAUCAUGUGAAUCUUCAUAUGAGGAUUUCCUUCAACAUCAUAGCAUGUUAUUGACUGAAAGUGUGACAAAAUUAAGAUUUGAUCUGAAAGGCUCCAGUAUUAUAAUUCCAGAUUUGUCUUCUGCAAACAAACACAUCUUUUCCAAUGCUCUAGAUUAUGGUUUUGAGGAUUGGUUCCAGCCAUGUUGUGCCAUUGACGGAGGAGUAUCAGGGUGCGCACAAGUGGAUGAUAGAGGAGAUGCACUGUUUGAGAUGUGUGAAGAUCCAAAUAAUAGCUUCUUUUGGGAUAACAGGCAUCCAACCAACAAAGGAUGGCAUGAAAUCAUGUCCUUAUAUGCAUAUGGGAAUACCAACGAAGGAAAGGAAUUGAGCUUUGUGGAAGGUGCGCUUAGCUUGACAGAGUGGGUGAAAUCUAUUGGUUUUGAUGCCUACGACAUCUCACCAAUUUAGACUGAUAAUCUUGUAAAAUAAUCCUAUGUUGGGGGAGCUAGUUCCUAAUUAUCUCUGCCUGUAACAUCUUGAAUAAUUAUAAAUUGUAUUGGUUUUUGGACUUUUAAUCUAUUGACGGCCACCCUUAAACAUCACACACUAAGCGUUGACCGCUUAGUGUGGCUGGUGUGGGCCCAUUCCCUUUGCCAGUA